AUGUUUGGGUGUACAUUUUUGCGAGAUGAGACUGUUGCUUCCUUUGCAUGGUUGUUCAAGUCUUUCUUGCAAUCAAUGGGUAGUCAAUCACCGAAGACUAUAAUGACUGAUCAGGAUCAUGCAAUUAGCAAAGCAAUAGGAGAAAUCUUUCCUGAUUCAUGUCACAGAUUAUGUUUAUGGCACAUUUCUAGGAAUGUGCCUUCACAUCUUGGUAAUCUUAAUGGAAAUGCUACUUUGCAUGCUUUGUUUUAUAAGUGCAUACAAGGUUGUGAAUCCGAAAUAGAAUUUGAGAAGACUUGGGAAAAAAUGAUAAAUGAUCAUAAUCUUCAAGAUUAUUCAUGGUUGAAAGUGAGUUUUUUUGAAUUCGAGAAUUUAGUGGCAAGAUGGCGUUCUUCCGAAGCUGAGAAGGAUUUUCAGUGUAGAAAUGGCUCAAUCACGUGUGCAAUUAAAAAUUGUGGUAUUUUGUCUCAUGCAUCGAAAGUUUAUACUCAUGAAAUAUACAAGUGCUUUGAGAAAGAAUUUCUUGAUGGUGUUCCAUUAAUAUGGAGAGAAGUUGCUCAAAAUGGUACAACUUAUACUUUUGAAGUAAUGAUGGAUGAAAAAAGUUCAAGAGUUCGAACAGUCCAUUUUAACACAGCUACCAUAGAGAUUCAUUGUACUUGCAAGAAGUUUGCUUUUUGUGGCUAUCUUUGCUCUCAUGCUUUACUGAUUCUUAGUGUAAAAAAUGUUAAGAAAAUUUUUUAUCGGUAUAUCUCUCGAAGAUGGACUAAAGAUGCUGAAAAAGACAUGUAUGGUGGUAAUGUUGUUGAGUUUUCACAAUAG